CUGAUUGAUUCAACUGCAUGGACGGUUUCCAUUCGGUCCACCAAUGUUCUGAAAUGAACAAGUGCCGCUGACGAAGAAGCUGAAGGAGCAGCGAAUAUUUAAACUUAAAGUCUUAAAGUGACAACUGGAAUAUAUUCCGAAGAUGCCACAACCUGCAGAAGAGAUUCCUGUUGGUCAGGUGGAGAUCAAGAAGAGAUCGAGAGUGCCUGGUGUUAUGAUCACCCAAUAUGUCAAGGAACUGCCACGUGGAAAAUCUACACCAGAUUUCACUAGGAAACCAAUUGCCUUGACAGUACAAGAAGGCAAAGUAGCCCUUUUCAAAGCGGUUGUGAAUGGAGAUCCAGCACCGACUGUAACAUGGGCUCGCAACAAGGGUGACACUACUGAUCCAGAACAAUAUAAGCCACGUUAUGACGAAAGGAACAGAGAACACCUUUUAGAAAUACCAAAUGUCCAAGUAAAUCAGGCAGAUACGUACAAAUGUUUUGCUACAAAUACAUUUGGACAAGCAGUGUGCACUGCUACGCUGAGCAUAUUCGCAGUUGGAUUCAAGAAAAAGCAAACUGAUGCAUCCUCAAAUAAAGAUGGUGAAGCCAAUGAUCCUGAGGACUUCAGAAAAAUGCUGAAAAAGACCAAAAUUGUCAAGAAGAGAAAAGAAGAACCCAAGAAAGAGGGAGAGAUUGAUCCAAAGUUCUGGGACGUGAUGUUAAAUGCCAAAAAAUCUGAUUAUGAGCGAAUCUGUCAUGAAUUUGGAGUCACCGACUAUAGGUGGAUGCUGAAACAGCUUAACCUAAAGAAAAAGGAGAAGGAGGAUGAACAAGCGAAGGUGGUUGAAAACGUUGACAACAUGAAGCCGAUUGAAGUGAAGACAAGCGGCAGAGCUGAAUUUGAGUUUGAUAUGAAGAUUAGAGACCCCAACAGUAAAAUUUAUAUGUACAAAAACGGUGAAAUGCUUGAUUAUGGCGAUGGCUCCGAUGAUUCUUGUAAACACAAUAUGAAGAAAACUGGCGAUAAGUACUUGUUUAGCAUCAACAAUCUUGGCUUAAAUGAUGGUGGACUAUAUCAAGUUGAUGUUGAUGAUGUCAACAUCAUCACAACAAAAUUAGAAGUUCCUGAUGUGGACUUUGAUGGCAAGCUAAAAGAUGUUAAAGUGGUUGAGGGUCAGGAUGCAGUGUUUGAGGGUGUUUUUUCUGGCCCUGUACCACAAAUCACCUGGUGUGUCAAUGAUAUCUCCGUUGAGCAUGGAGACAAGUACAAUAUCACAGUCUCCGAAGACAAGCUCACCCACAGAUUAGUAGUAAAGAACUGCAAAAUAGAGGACAAUGGUGUGUACACAGCUAUUGCUGGGAUUAAAUCAUCCAGGGCUACACUUGGUGUUAAUGAGGAUCCUAAUGCCAUGGGCAAAGGUCGAGGUGGUGCAGGGGAUGGAGCAGAUGAUUUUGCAAGAUGUCUGGCAGAUGAACAGGCCAGACUGCAGAGAGAAAGAGAUGAAGCAGCCAGGAGAGGCAAGGGUACAGAUGGGAGAGGUGAUGGAGCGGAUGGCCAUGAUGGAAAGCAUGGUCAUGGUGAUUCAACAGAUGGUCGUGGUGAUGGAGCGGAUGGCCGUGGAGGACUUGGUUUGGGAGACAAUAGAGAUGCGUCAGGAAAGUAUGGAAAAGGACGAGACAGUACAGUUAGAAGUGGUAAAAAUGGAAAGAGCUCUGUAAUGGGUUUGGGAGGAGAUGGAUUGAGUAGCCAAUCAGCCAUGGUUGGAUCUGGUGGAGAUGGUGCAGAUGAUAAAUUGCACUUCGCAAGUGGGUUAACAGACAAAAAUGCCCUCCGUGGCAAACCUGCAGAGUUGGUGUGCAAACUUAGUACUGACAAAAUUGAUGGAGUGUGGUAUAAAGAUGGAAACAAGUUGACUUCCAAAGAUGGAGUGGUGAUCUCCAAGGAUGGUUGCACACAUAAGCUCAUUGUCCAGAAUUGCAAAGAUUCUGAUGCAGGUCUAUAUCAUUUUGAGGUAAAUGGUUGCAAGACAGAGGCGAUGGUCAGAGUCGGAGAUCUUCCAGAAUUUGACCUUGAUGCUUUAGGAAAGUUCUCCAACCCAGUAAUAGUGAAAGCAGGCCAGAGUGCAUCAUUUAAGAUGUCAUUUUCCCCACAACCUUCACUGGAGAUAAAAUGGUUUAAAAAUGGCUCUGAGCUUCUUGAUGGAGGUUCAGUGAAAGUGGUAAAGGAAACAAACCACAGUCGUCUUCAAAUCAAAGACUGUCUGCGAUCAGAUACUGGCCAAAUCCAAAUUAAGCUAAAGAACCCUUUUGGUUCUAUUGAAGCUUUAUCAAGUCUUACAGUACAAGACAAGCCAGGUCCGCCUCGAGGCCCAGUAGAAGUGAAUGAAACCACAUCAUCAGCCCUUGAACUGAAAUGGAAUCCUCCGAAAGAUGAAGGUGGCUCAGCAGUGACCAACUAUAUAAUUGAGAAGCUACAGGUUGGACAAAAUACCUGGCAAAAGGUUGGGGAUAUUUCAGCUAGCCAUCUUAACUUCAGAGAUAGAAGUGUGUCCCUUGGCAAGAGGUACAUCUAUCGCAUCUAUGCUGAGAAUCCCGAGGGCAUCAGUGAGGCUCUGGAGACUGACAAAAUCAUGGCUGGCUCAUUAUUGUUCCCUGGUCCACCAACCAGGCCAAAGGUGGUCAGUGCUUUCAAAAACUGUGUUAACCUAUCAUGGACUCCACCAGAGAAAGAUGGAGGGAAUAAAAUCUUGGGGUACCAGAUAGAAAAACGCAAGAAAGAUACAAACCAGUGGGUGACUCUGAACCCAGUUAAAGAUCCUAUCAAAGGACUGAAGUAUGGAGUGAAAGAUGUGUCUGAGGGGUCAGAGUAUGAGUUCAGAGUAAUUGCCAUUAAUGCAUCUGGAGCUGGGGAACCGAGCCCUCCCUCUGAAAUGGUCUGCGCUAAAAACCCCAACAUGAAGCCCCAUUUCAAAGAUCCUGAAGAUUUUAUAGUUGUGAGAUCAGGAAAUUCUAUCAGAAUCAAAAUUAACUAUGAGGCCGCUCCACUGCCAGAAAUUAAGUGGCUUAAGAACGGUGAACCUGUAUCUCCCUGGAACAAGAUAAUUCAUGAUGAUGGCACCUGUACGCUCAUUGUCCCCUCCUCAAAGUAUUCAGAUUCUGGUGUCUAUACCAUUGUGGCUAAAAACUCAAGUGGGCAAGCCAGCUUUGACAUAGAAGUCAGAGUAACAGAUGAACCCAGGCCUCCAGGACCAGUGGAGUUAGAACAGCUGGUUUUUGGUAAAGUCAUUAUCAGAUGGUUGCCAUCUCCAGACCAUGCCAGAGAUGACAGACUGCACUACAUGGUGGAAGAACAAAACUCCGACAGCCGCAUUUGGCGCACAAUAGCUGACCACCUUCUCUGCACAACCUACACUACCACCGUACAACCAGGUCGUGAAUAUCACUUCAGAGUCUAUGCAAAAAAUGACAUGGGACUUUCUGAUCCUUCAGAUUCACCAACGUGGGGUGUAAACAGCAAUAAAGUUCUAGCACCCUCAACUGUGCCAGCCAUGGUAACCCUAGAAAAGCCACCAUCAAUCCUGGUUCCACUGAAACUCCACUCUCCGCCAAAAGGAUACCAGUGCUACAUGACCUGUGCUGUCCGUGGUUGGCCCAGCCCAUAUAUUGCAUGGUACCAUAAUGGGAUUUGCAUCAACUCCGACAACAACUACUACAUCACAAAUGCAUUUGGCGUCUGCUCAAUCUACAUCCUCAGAGUCCGGCCCGAAGAUAGUGGCGAGUACAAAGUGGUGGCGGUCAACUCACUUGGCAGAGCAGAGUGUUCUUCGACAUUAAAAGUGAAAGAUUGAUCUUCCCUCUUCUGGAUCUGCCAGCUUCUGCCACAACUAAUUUCAUGCAUAAAUUUUAAGAGAGGGCAGUAAGUGCAUGAAUAUAAAUGAAGACAACUGUGGGCGUUGCAACUGAGGACAUAUAUAAUGUGCUACUAUACACCAUGUGAUGUGUAGAACUAAAAAACAGACAAAUAAUUGUAAUGUAUGUGAAAUUUACAAUAUACAAAUAAACAUAUGAUGAAACGCA